UAAAAACUGCAACAACAUAAACAAGCUCAGUUUUUGUCAUGCAUCUACUCAUACCACAAGUGCUCAUUUGUUCUCUAGCAAACAGCUGUAAACAUUCUCUUUGAUCCUUGUGCAGGUUGCUCAGUCACUGAGUAUAUAUGUAAUUUCUGGUCUAACACUGUUGUAUUUCAACACUAUUUUAGUAUGUCUGGGAUUACCGCAGCUCGUUUAAGUGUUGUUGUUUUUUUUAAUUGGGCUCGUUAUUUUAAUGGCGUUGAUUUAAAACUGUUUUGUCUGCUCAAAUUGUAUUCGAUUUUCAUUAGUAUUGGGUGCAUUACUCCACUUAAUUGAAAUGGGAUGUCAUGAAUGUAUUUUCAUGUGUUGAAUUUAUUCCUGGACUGUUUCAUAGGGAUUAAAUAGGCUAUUGAUUGACAGUGUAAACUCCUCAUGAGAUUUGCUUACUGUGAAUCACUGAAUCAAAGUGUUUGAAUUGGGACAGACAAAUACCCAGUCAUUAGCAACCACCUUUCUGUUAUUGACCCUGGAACAACGUGGUCAACAAAGCUGGACCAGCUGCCCUCCUAUGAGGAGGAGUUGUGUCUGUCCGAUGGCGACCUCCUGGGGCCAUUAGUUGGCAGUCUGCACAUGCUCCCUGGGGAUGUGUAUUAUUAUGCUUCUAACUCUAGUGUAUUGUGUGUGCAAAGAGAUGAAUUCCACAAAUUUGUAAGCAAGGAUCCAUUUCUUGUCCAGUUGGAACCAGAGGUCAUUACACCUGCCUCCGUUACACCUGCCUCUCCUAGGAAUUUAAAUCCUGCAGCUCAGCCUUUCCGUCAAUCACACGAUCCAACAUCUCCCAAAAAUUUAAACCCUUCAGCACCUGUUUUUCAUCAGUCACAACUAGGGGAUAGAUCUCCAGCUGAGGCCAACUUUGUUGGACAGGAGCUUAGCGCACAAGGUCUGUUGACCAAUGGAGACAUCCAGCAAAACGGCACUACAUUCGGCGUGUCAGCUGGUGGGAGCAGUGCUAGUAUGCACAGAGGAGCAGGCCCUCAGCCACAGGGCUCCCAUCAGAUGCAGGGCCUUGUGGUCCAAGGUGCCUCCCAGCUGGGAGGACUUAACAUGGCUCCACAGUCCUUGUUAGCUGCAGGCAGUCUCCCCAGUCAUCCACUGGUUGCCCAACAACUUCCACCCCAGCAGGCAUCUUAUCCUAUGGCUGUGACUGAUGGUGGCCAAUCACUAAGGCAACAGCAAACUAGGAUUCCAAGUCAAGGAUCUUCUCCAGUUGGUAAUGGAGGUGGUGAACCAGACAGCCAGCCAAAUGGAGCUGGAGUUGGGGCAUCUAUUAAUGCUGUUGGUGGAGAUGAAGAUGUUGAAGAGGAUUUGGAGCAAAAUGUUAUAGGAGAAGGUGUCAGAUAUCCUGAUUCUGUACUUGAACCUAUCAGAAAGCAAAUGCAGUUUUAUUUCUCUGCUGAGAACUUGCCAAAUGAUAAAUUUCUUAAUUCGAAAAUGGAUCCUGACAAGUAUAUUCCCUUAGACAUUUUCUUGGAUUUUAAUCGUAUCAAACCAAUUUGUAGUAACUAUGAGCAACUAGCACAAGCUGUGGAAUCAAGCUCUAUUCUUGAACUAAAUGAAUCAAGGAACAAAGUGAGGGUUUCACAGUGUAGAAAAACAUUAACUUUAAGAGGCUUUCCUGCAACUGCUACUGAAGAGGAUGUCAGGCAAUUUAUUCUAGACAUGGGGGCACCAACCCCAACUCAUAUAGAGUUUGUUAUGGUCAAGGAUAAAUGCUCAACUUGGUAUGUGAGCUUCAAGGAUGAAUCUAUUGCUUUGAACAGUUUCUUUUUACUCCAUAAUCAAAAAGCAGAUUAUAAAGGCUAUCCAAUAGGGUGUUGUAUAAAGUCAUCUGGCACAAUGGCCGCCGCUGGCUACUUUCCCUCAUCAGAGGAAUCUAACCAAAGAAGAAUAGCACAUCAAAACCAAGUGACUGCGCAGGCGGCUUCUGUGAGUGUGGCAGCUGUACCAGCUGUACCAAAUGCACUGGCUCAGCCACAACAGCCGCAACCUUUGGUACACCAGUAUAGUCCAGCAGUCUAUCAUUCACUACUGCCUGGAUCACCAGGGAUGUAUUAUCAACAGGCCGCAGCUAAUACAUACAUGCAAUACAUGAUUGCUCCACAAGGUUGGUCUCCACAAGCACCAGCAAUGGAUCCAGGAAUAAUAAUGCAAAGCAAUGGAUUGCAGCCACAACAUAUUCGCACUCCCAACAUGGGUAGGCAACAUAUGAUGCCUUCAGCUGGUGGCACACAAAAUCGCUAUAAUAACAGUGGAAGAGCUCAGCGUAACAAUCGUCAAACUUUGGAAAGAAGUGCGUCAGAGAGACCCAGUGAUAGGCCAUCAGUUUCUGUUGGAGCAGGAAAUUCUAGAUCAAGUCCACGCAAUGCAGAUGGCAGCAACAGUGCAAGUGUUGUUCAACAGGGCGGAGGCUAUGGACAGAGGCGCUCUAGAGAUGAUGGGCCCCAGAUGAUGAAUCCUCAACAAAUAGUUGCAACGCAACACCAAUAUGUUGCACACCAGCAGCAACAACAUGUUGUGACGACUGGAUCUGCUCCAAUCGUAAAUCCUGCUGCAAUUGAAGCCAGUAUACAACACUUUCAGCAGGCUCAGUCCCAGCAGCAACACCCCCAACAGUUAAUAGUCCCAGCUCCCAUGACUGUACCUUCACCAGUCCCCUCAAUCCCUGCACCACAAACUAGCAACCCUCCCUCUAUAGCCCAACAGCAGAUGCAUCAUAGUCAGCCACCGCCACCUAUACCAGUCCAACACCACCAUCAGCCACAGCAGCCUCAUCACCACCACCCACAGCAACAUCAACAAGCUCACCACCAGCAACAGCAUGCCCCCAGUCAGCACCAUCCACCUCUAGCUUUAUCACAAGCACAUCAUCAACACCCCCAAAAUGUUCAUCAACAGCAACACCACCACCACCAGCCGCAUCAUAACAUGAUGCCACCCCCACAUAAUUCUCAGCAGCAUCAACAGAUGCCCCCAACACAAAGUACACAUCAGCAGCAUCACCCACAGCAGCACCAACAAGUUCCUUCUGGCAACAGACUUGACAGUAUCAAAAGUCUCGCUGGUAACAAGAUUUUUAAAGUACCGAUGGAAGCGGAAAGUAAUAAGAGGAAUAAAAGAAACAAAAGGGAAGACAAUGUUAGAAAUCAGCGUGGAGGUGAACGCAAUCCAUCUAACAGAGCAAAUUUUAGUUCACAAGCUCCUGCUGCUGCUGAUAAUUUUACUAUGGAAGCUAAUUCCUUUCCACCUCUUCCUGGUGCAGCCAAUAGCAUAACUAAUUCUGAGAUAUCACUAGAAAGCAGAAUGUCAGAUAUUGUUAGAGGAGGGAAACCCCGUACCCCAGCCUCCAGCAACUCAGGAUCACAGAGAGCACCAUCAACUACGCCUAGCCCAGUGGCAACACCUGCCCCCGCUCCUGUUAUAUCUUCUGCUGUUGCUGGUAGCACCCAUUCUACCUCAGCUACAGACUCUCAAGGUGGCGAUGAUGGAGAUUCGGUUGCUGAUGAAGAUGCCACAUCUUCUUCUCAGGAGGAGAUUGAUACAGAUAGUAUUUCAACAGAUACUAGAUCUGUACGGUCUGAACAGCUACCUUUAUCUUCAGAACCCUUAGGAAUUCCUACUCAAUCAAGGUCUCAAAAAGCUAGUACUCCAGUGGCAACCCCUGCUAUAGUAUCAGGUCAAAGACAGCCUGAAGUUAGACAAGGUCAUGGUCAGAAUAUGGUUCAAACCAGGGUAACUCAACAGCCUCCAGCACAACUUCAACAGCAGACUCAAGCAUUAAUAUUACCCUCGCCUGCUGCUUCCACUUCGGCUAUUGAAGCCCCCAAGCCAUCCUAUGCACAGGUAGCUCAAAAAAAUCGUGAAGCUGCUAAUGCUGGUAACACUAGUGAAAAUAUGCCAAUUGGGGCUUCGCUCCCAGCUGCCAACUCAGGGACUCCUAAUGGGCCUACUUCGUCUCAAAAUAACACAACCACAAGCGGAGGGGCCCGUUCAUCUAAUCAAUCCUCCAAUGCCUUUCGUGAACAGGGAAAUUAUCAGGGUGGACAACAACAGGGCCCUCGUUCUGUCCAACGUGGAUCAUCCAAAGACAACAUGGCAAGAAAUGAAGGGCCACCCCAAUCAUCUCGGCCACCCAAUGCCAAUCGUAGAAACUCUAAGGAAAACCGAACAUCUAACAGAUUUGAAAAAAGGAAACCAGAUACUCGUCAAAAGUGAUUCUAGUCUAUUCUUUCCCAACCAAAACUAAACAUACAUUCAGCCUACAUCCUACAGAGGGUUGUAUUUCUUGAUGUGAUACCCUCAGAUGAACGUGGCUUUUUGUGUUAUUUAAUAACUGGUUUAUCCCCAUCAUUGUUGAGUGUCCCAUUGUAAUAAUGGUUCACCCAGAGAUUGUUUCUACAGCCAUCAAUUUGUUAAGUGCUGGGAAAAAUUGUGAAGAUGAGGAUAUUAGUUUUGAUGGUGACAUAUUCAAUGCUUAUGCUUUAGGUGUGUUUCGAAUUAUUUCGACUAUGAUUGUGCGCAGUUUACAGCCAUGGGAUUACAUAAUUGGUGAAUUUCUUUCUAGUUCAUGUCAUCCUGGAUUUCUGUUUGAGGAAAUAGUCAGGAAUUUGCCCAGCUUGUGUGUGCAAAUAGUCAAGACUUUGCCCAAAUUAUGUGUGCUUUUUGUGGAUUUUAUUGAUGUGGAUGUGUUGUCUGCGACACAAAUGGGCAUUUAUUUUCAUUUAUGCAUCAUUCUGGACUUGGCUUAUUUUUGCUUAGAACUUUCCUUUGAUGUCAGAAUCUUUUUGGCAAUAUGUAAAUAUAUUUGCGAAUAUGGCUAUAUUUUUUUAUGGUUGUCGCAGCAUCAAUAUUCUUCUUUGAGACUUUGUGAUUAUAAUUGUAACAUUUGUACUUGUAAUCAGAACUCUGAAAUAACAGGUGAUGGUGUUGUGAUGGUAGUUGUUCUGAGCUGUCACAGGGUUAGUUGCCAUGUAGGUUUCACACAUUUUUUACUUACCUUUAAAAGUGGUAACUAAACAGAUGGAAAUACCUGUUGAUUACUAGCUUAGAGGUGUCAUUCAGAAUAAACCUGUGAGCAAAUCUCUGAAGACAAUGCAUCAUAUUUCAAAAGCUAUCUUGCAGCUAUAAUAAACAGAGAUGAUCCAUGUAUUUAGUGAUCAUUUCUAAGGUUACUUGUUAAAAGUGUGUGGAACUGUGAUUCUUCCUUAUUUCUUUCAUUGAGAUUAAACCCUGCUGCAGAUCUUCACAACUCUUAUUUGACUGUAUCUUUGUUUCCGGCUCAUCCUGUAGAUGUCAUAGUGUUAAGAAUAUUUGCUUUACAUUAUUUUUCAAUAUAAAAAUAUAUGUAGACAGUAUAAAUAUAAACUAUAUCCAUAUAUGGAAACACAUUGCUUGAUGGCCAAAUAUUUUUAUAGACUUUUCAAUUGUCUCCAGUAUAUUUGAAAUGAUUGGGGGACUAGUAAAAACUUAGGCAUCAAUGUUUGCACAUUUACUUAUACUGAAGCUAUAAUCAGAAUAUGCAUUUGGAUGUAUGCUGUUAAGUGUAGCGUGCUGUACAUCACCAAAACAACAGAUAAAAUUGCAAUGUUUCACAUUGUAGGUACAAUGCAUGUAGUCACUGCAUAUUUCAUAUGACCUUAAAAGUAAUAUAAAAACCUGUCGUACUAUCACAUAGCUUUUGAUUGUAAUGAUAGCGGCAUGGUUAUUUUUUUUUUUUUUUUUGGCUUUUUGUUUAUCAUUUCUUUGCUUAGAAUGAGUUUAUCUUUUGCUUUGCUUAAAUAUUUGAAGGUUUAUGCUGCACUUUGUAAUAUUAUAUGCACAUUAAUUUAAUAUCCCUGGAGAAUUUUCCCAAGAAUCUAAAGCAGAUCAUCUUUUUGUUUGUUUAUGUUAACUACUUCAUAUGUUACUAUUAGAUUUUUUUUUUUUAAUUAUGCUAAUUUUGUGUGAAAUUGUGGGUACUUCCUCCAAUAUUUUGUAAUUUUAAAACUUACAUUUUUAGAAUGAAAUGUUGUUCUACAAUAGUUGUUAAAAAUUUAAGUUUAUAUCUUUUACUUUAUCUUCAAUUAUUUUAAAAUAUAAUGUAGGAAUUAGACAUUUUAAAAGAAGAGUGUUAAUUUGUUGACAGUAAACAAAAUGUGCUUUUAUUAUGGUGAUAUGAACAAAUCAGGAACAAACAGAGUGAUUAUUGCCACUAUCAAAGUUAUUUUCUUGCUAAAUUCUGUAAUUAUUCUGUGCUUCUAAAUAAUAGAGAAAUAGCCUGAGGUGGUUAUGUAGACAUUUUAUUUCUCCUAUGAUAAUUUAGUAUUUCUCCUAUGAUAAUUUAGAAAACUAAUUCUCUAAAAAAAAAUUACACCAAUGUUGAAAAUAGUAGCAUUUGAUGUUUUUCUAUAAAAGCAUUAUCAGUCUUUUGUUUUAUUUUUUAAAAAUGUAGUUUUAAAGAGCUUUAAAAUUAAUUGUGAAAAUCAAUGUACAUAAAUAUUUUCAAAUAAUCACUGAUGUAGUUUUCAUUGUUAAAUAUUAUUUCUGGUGUUGCUGUAAGAUAUCAAAAUAAGAUAAUAUAAUCUAAAAUAUAAAAUUCCCUAAAUCACAGCUAAAAAAAAUAAAUUGUACAUGAUUUUCUUUCUAACCAGAUUUUUUUCAUACUACAUAAUCUUUUCUUAUACUUUCUAAAGUCUUAUUUAUUCACAGUUAAAAUAAUCAUUAACUAAAGCCUUAAUUUAUGAUAAAUUUAGGGUUUUAAUACAUAGCUUUUAAUAGUAUUUAUCCUAUUUGCUUUCCUCUACUUAACUGUUUAUUUAAAAAAUAAUAAUUUCAAAAUGGCCUGAUCAUAAUUAAACAAACCUUUUUUAAAAUGUUGUAAGGGGGAGGGGAAAUGUUUCAAUUCACUACUACAACUCAGCUUUUGAUCAUAAUAAAAACAUAAACGUAUCACUAUAUAGAAAUGUAAUUUAUAGUCAGGUUUCAAUACAAUAGUCACUAGUCCUGAUAUAACACUCCCCCUAUCCCCUAUGCUUCCAUAUUGGUAUGUAUAGCUAAUGUUGAUUUUAAUUCUUAUUAAAAUGCCAACUGUACAUAAUGGAUUUUUAAUAUUUCUUAUAAACAGGAAAAUGCUUUCAAAAUAAAAAAAACAAUGUUUGUAAAUAUAGUAAGUUUGGUUAUAUGUAUUAUUAUGAGUGGACACAUUUUCAAUACGUUCAUGCAAAAAUUAUAUCCCCGCCCACACAGAAUUGAACAUGUUGAUAUUAGAAGUGUUAUUUCAUUGAGUAAAUGAGCUUUAGGGGUGACACUAGCUCUGGCUGCAUGAUGUGAUUUAAUAUGUUCAAUUUAAACAUUUGCUGUUGUUAAACCCUGAUUUCAUUAUUUUAUUUAGUAUUGCAAGAUGCAAUACUUUUAUUUUAUUGUUCUACUUUCCCUUAUUCUGUCAAUGUUAUGUAUUAUAAAGUUACCUUUUUUUCUUACUGUAAUAGUAGGGAUAUUAUUUUGAGGUGUUCUCAGCAAAUCAUACUAGUAGUAAAAUACAUCUGACUUGAAUUAAUAGUGUGUACCAUAACCUUAUGGCAAUGAUUCAACAUAAACACAGCAAUGUUCUAUGAGUCUAACACGCUAAUAAUUUGCACUCCAUUAUAAUCCAGGUUUAUUUUGAAAUCAUUUAUUAUGAUGCUCUCUGAUCUGUGAUCAUUUUUUGUCUCCCAUAUUCAGUCAAAAAUUGUAGUCAAAAUCUUUUUAUCGGUAGAGGCUCGAAGGGGGGUGGGGUAACAGAAAAGAAAAGUAGAAAAUAGAACCUAGAUGUAAUAUUGGAUUUUUUUUUUUUUUAAAUUUCAAAACUUCUUAAUGUGAUGGAGACCAUACAAAGCAGUGAAACCAUUCCAACACCGAACAUCAUAACACAUCUAGAUCCGUAGCUUGUUGCCCACAUCUCGAUCAACCUUAAAGUGACAUGUUGGCACAUGUAUCAACAAUCCCCGGUGCAGAGGCUUUUUGCCAACAAUAAAAACUAUUUGUUUUUUAAGUAUCACUUGUGUGACUGUUAAAUCAUUCUACGGAAAAGGGUUCUUACUUUACUAAUUUGGACAGGUUGGUUUCUGUUGGUUUUUUUUUUUUUAAUUCCUUCAAAACCUGAAUGCAUAUUCAAUAUUCUAGAUUAUUUUUACUUUCAUCAUUUUAAACUAACUUGUAAAGAGGUUGGAUAGACAGUGCUUACUUAGCCUUUAAAAUUUCCAUGCUCUGUAAGUUAGCUUGAUUUUCAUAAUCUGAGAAUAAAGGUACAUGACCUGCAGACCAAUUCUCAUUGGCAGUCAUUUCAUUACAUAGAUGCUUAAUUUUUUUUUUACGUAUGAUGAGGGUAAUCUUGUUCAUUGCUAAUUAGCCUUAAGGUUAAUAGGUGGGCUUUAUUUUAAUUUGCAAAUGUAUAUUUUGAUAACAGAGGUAAAUGAAAAUUUAUCUUUUAGUUUGCUAUGUAUUUUCUUUUAGUUCCUCCAUUCAACAUGCAAUAAAAUGUAUUAAUGUUCCAUUCGCUCAAAGAAAGCGAAAUAUUUUGAGCUGAAUUUAAUGAAUGCACUUUUUUCCUGCCACGUUUGCUCAGUCAAUUACAUUGUAGAUGUAUAAAAUUAUUACAUAAUUAUUUUAAAUUCAUUCUUUUUAAUUUAUGGCGUUUGUGAGAUAUCAACAGGUUCAGCUACAAAUAUCUAAUAGCCAUACAUUGUUUCUUGCUGCCAUUAGAGAUAUUUGUUGACAGAAUCAGGUUGUGACAUCCUUCAAGUUAAAAUUACAAACUUUCUACUUCUAUAGUUGGAAAUGGAGUUGAUAGUACCUAAUAAAAAUUUCAAUUUUGUUAUCGUGAUCUGGUCAGUGGUCAUUCAGCAUUAUUUAUGCAUUGAAUUUCAUCUAAUUGUUGAUUAAUCAGUCCAUUAUUUUAAAAUUGUUUUUUUUUUUCUUCUGACUCUAAAGAAAUAGAUAAGCACAUACUUUAUUUUUUGGUUUAGAUAGUAUAAUGUUGGUAACGGUAAAAACUUCAUUUCUUGUCACUUAUGCAAGGCUGUAACUACAAGUAAACUAUUUCACAGUUAAAUAUAUUUAAAUUCAUAUCAAUUUAUGUUCAUUUUGUGGGUUGUAAGUCACUAUCAUUUAACUGCCAUUUUUUUUCUUUUGGUAUGUGUAUUUUAAUAGAAUAAUUAGUCAUAUCUUUGCAAGUGAAAUUUGAACUGCACGCAGUAUUUUACUAACUCCUUGAGUUCAUUAGUUUAUGAAUGUUUAGAUAGAGAGAAUUUAUUACUUUGAAUGGUAAGUAAAUUAUAUCUACAUCUCAGGUUAUUAUAAGAUACUGACACAUUCAUCAAUGUUUUCAUCAUUUAGGAGUGUGUACGACCUAUAACCUCUUUGUAGAAGCAAGGAAAGAAUGUAGCAAACAAGUAGUGUGAUGCAGGGUGGCAAUAAUGGCACCAGGCUAUCUUAGCAAUUGUAUGGCUCCACAAGAAUAUUUGGGCAUUAGUACUUGAAGUCACAUACUGAAAUUUUUCAUGUAAAUGAUAAUUUUAAAAAACUGCCUAUUUUAACAACAUGAAAGAAAAUAAAGUUCAACUUUGUCAAAAUAAAAUAAAAAUAGUGUAUAAAAAAUUCUACCGGACAUUUCAUUCAAAACUAUUAACCAGUAUUAAGCAUUAUUACUUAUUAAAUGUUUUUUUUUUUUUUAAAUGAUUGAAGUACAGUUAAAAAUUAACCAAUGCUAACUUAAAAUUGUUGUUAGCUUGAUUUUUAAUAAUCAUUCAAAAGAAUUUUUUUUUUAAUCAAAACAAAACUAACAUAAUUUUAACAUUCUUUGUUUUUGUGUGGUUUCAGAUACUUUCGCCCAACUUGUUGUAUUGUAAAUAUAAAAAAAAUUAAACAAAAAAAAACUAUUUCAUCAUCCAACUUUUCAUCCACAAACAUGCCCCUCUUCUUUGCUUGCUUUAUUAACAACAAAUUGUUUUACAAACUUCAAAUUGAUUGUGAUAAUGUUGUCUAGAAAUGAAAGAUGGAUUAUGUAGAAGUGUGAAUGCCUGAAGGAAAUUAAGAAGCGGAGUGUGUUGACAGUUUUGAUUAUUAAUCUAUAAAUCCGUUGAAGUAAUAUCAUAGUGCUGUCCUACAUGUGGUUAACAUUUAUUUCACUCACAUUUUGUGAAAUUGGAAAUUCUGGAAAGAGGGGUGAAAUACUGUUCAAUAUAAUGAUUCAUGUACUGAGUAACUGGGUGAUCUCAUGCUUCCCUUGACUUUCAGCACUCUUCCAUUCAUGUACAAGAUUUUUUUUUUUAUUAUUUCUUUAUUUAGAUUAAGCAUAAUGCUGCCAUUUUUUUUUCUUUCCUUAGUAAUACUUUGUUUUCUGAGAAGGAAAAAAUAAUUCUGACUUUUGAAUUUGUUCUUUUAAGGUGGAGGAUUGUUCACACAAAGUGGGGAGGGCUGGGUUUUUUUGAGUCUUAGAGAGUAUUAACUGGUGUUUUAUUGUCUCAUGGUUGGUACCAUUUUAGCAUAUUUAUGACUUGUAUGUGCGGCCAUCUUAACAUAAAGAAUGUACAUUUGAAAUUACCCUUAAUUUCCUACGAGGUUUUUAUUUACCUUUUUUUUUUAUUUGUGAAUGAAAAUAAUUUUUGCAGGAGCGCUUUUGGUAUGUUUGAUUGCAUAUUAUUUGUCUAAAUGUUUUCAGGGAAUAAGAGUGAAAUAUUUUUUUUUCUUUCCUUUUUUUCCUUACCAGUUACAUUGUUACUUUAAUUUAAACCUUUACAAUAACUAUUGAGUUAAUGUUAACAACAUGCAAUGUAAGAAUGAGAACAUAAAAAAAAGUUAUUUAAGGUGAGAAAAUUGAAUCUAUAUUAAACUCUAGCACAGUAUUGAUGAAGAUUUUUCUGCAAGGUUUAUUUUUGUUAAUGCAAGAACACUGAUAUUUUUUAAUUUAUUCAGGUAAGAUUAAUUUUGAGCGUAAGUUCACUUUCAACAGCAGAUACUGUGUUAGAUUUUUGUCUCAAGACUAAUUUCACAAUAAUACCCCAUGUGCAUAUUUGGAAACAUAACUUUGCUAAAGCAUGCUUUGUUGUUUCACAUUUUGCCCUUGUAUGUUAAAAUUUGAAACAUGUUUCCCCAGUACUUGUAAAUAAGUUGGUUUAUUUAUUUCUAGGUUAAAAUAUUUCAGUUUUUCUUCUCAUAAAAUAAAAAAAAUUGUUCAGUAUUUGUUAGCUUGUAAAUAAUGCUACACAGAUUUUUAUUUUUGUCUUGGUAUGAAAAAAAAAAAAUUAUGUACCACUUAUCUGCCACCACCACAUAACAUUUGUUCAUCACUUUGGUUUGUGAUAACCAGAAAUGUCACAUGACCAGAAGAAAUGUCACACGAGAUUGACGCUUCGGCCCGGUCGCGCAAGCAUUAAGUUGAAAACUCAAUCUUGUGUUUCCAUUUUCUUUACAUUUGACAUAAAAAAAAUUUCUGCCCUAACUUUGUACAUCCAGUUAUCAUAUCAGGGCAAAAAAAAAGAUUGUUUUUAUGUAUUUGUAAUACUUUUUUUUUUAUCAAUUUUUAUUUUUCUAUAAUUAAAAUUAAUCUAAAUGAUGUAAAAUUGUUUGCUAGUGAAAAUAGAAUUGCACCAUGGCCUUGUAAUUGUUUCUGUAUAUUUUGUUAAAUUUAAUGAAUGGUGCACAAUAAUUACUGUUUCAGAAACCAAAAAUAUGUUUAAAAACAAAAAACCAAACUGGUAAAGAAAAAGUUUUAUAUCAAGUUUUAAAGUUAUUUCUGUAUUUCUAUUAACUGUAUACAGUUUUUAAAGUAGUAAAAGCCAGAAUUCUCUUAAUAGUCUGUUAUUCUUUUACUUGCAAUUUAAAAAAAACAUUUUCCAACCUGUGUUUAGUAUAUUCUUUAAAAAAUAUUUUUUUUGUGCUUGUUUAUCAUUAGGCAAGAAUCAUUGUCUAACCCAAUAGCUGUACAAAAUGUUUUCAAUUUGUGGUUGGUCAUUGAUGUACAUGUAAUGUUUUGUUCUUUUGCAAAAUUUGACUAUUUGUAGAAGAUUUAUUUUUUUAGGUUAGAUUUUAAACACAUUUUAAAUUAAAAGUUAUGCUAUGGGGUAUAUUGUGAAAUAUUUGAAAAAAUAAUACUGAAAACUAAAACUGGAAAUGAAAUUUUUACCUUUUUUAAAAAAAAAAUAGGGAAGUGAACCAAAUUAAAAUUAAUGUAAUACAAUU